UUAAUUUGUUAUAAUGAAAAGGUAAAAACAGCAUUGUUACGGUAGAUAAUCAAAAGAUCAUGAUAUUACAAAUGACAUCUCAUUUAUUUAUUUAUAAUGAAAAGGUAAAAACGAAAAUUCCACUCAAAUUACAUAGUUAAUCAAAUGUUUUUCUUCAUUUUCAUUCCUUCCUUCACGAUCUCUUCUAUUAAACCGGUAUUGAUUGAUCCUCCUGAAAACACACUGGACUUAAGAGAGGGAUCACCAGUGGAACCACCACCAAGUCUUGAGGUUUCUUGCUUUGGAGGAUAAAAAAUUGCAGACAACUCGUCGAAUGGAGAAGGACGAGGAAGAUCUUGUUGUUCUUGUUGCUGCUGCUCCUGCACCUGUGCCUUACCUAUUAUUGUUGAGUAAUGUACCUUUGCCUUACCUAUUACUUUAGGCGGAGGAUCCAUCUUUCUUGUUCUUGCUAUAAUGAUUUUAAAGACUGUAUUUAUUACUGUUAGUUUGUUUAACUGAUUUGUUUAACGAUAGGCAUUAGUCUUUUAUAUUUAUAAAUGUAAGAAAUGACAAUGUUUUAAAGAAUUAAGCUGACUCAAUGUCUCUGUUUUAUAAUUACUUACCAAAAAUAUGUAUUUUCUUCUAUAAGUAUUAAUUAAAUUUUCUUAAUUAUCAUCCUCUUUAAUUAUUAUAAAUUACUUACCAAAACCAUAUGUUUUAAAUAAAAGAGAUAUUGAUAUAGAUCUUUAUUCAAAAUAUAUUUCCUAUUUAAUAUUAUAAUACUUUCUCUUAAACUCUAGUUUUUAAAUAUAAAAAGGUUUCUAUUGUUAUAAGAAAUAUAUUUUAUUUUAUUUUAUUUUCCUUUUUGAUUUAUAUAUGUGAAAUUCGUUUUUAUUGAAUUACAUAUUUACAAUAUAAAAUUUAAUAUAUAUCUAUAUUUAAAAUGAAUAUAUUGCCUUUUUAAAUUAACUCCUUUUUAUUUAUAUAAAAGGAAAAUAGUUUUCAUUAAAUAACACGUUUAAAAUUUUAAAACUGUUAUAAAUUUAUAUCAAAGAUACUCUCUUUUUGAUAAUAAGGUGAUUUGGAAACAAAUAUUAACAAAAUUUUACAUAAAAGAUACUAAAAUGAUAUUAUUAUUUUUUUGGUAAAAUGUUAAGUAUCUAAAAUGAUAUUUUAAUAAGGUAAUUAUUGUAAUUAACCAUUUUAAGAGCCACCGUAAGAACGACAUAUAAAAAAAAAACUUCUCAAAUAAUAUUAUAGAGAUUACUUUACCUUUUCAAAGUUGGAUGCAAAUAUCUACUUUAUCAAGUUGAUAUUAAGAAAAGUUAUUGUUAUCUUUACAAUGUGAAUGGUUUGAGGUAAAGUGCUUGCAUUAUGUCUUAUCUCUUUAUUUAGUUUUCAAAUUAACAAAACAAUAGGACUAUAUAUGUUAUAAAACUUUCAAAUAAAUGAUGAAAAUAACAUAUUAUCAUUUUGAGUUUUUCUCUUAUUUUGAAUAAAAUAUGUUUUAGUAUUAUCUUAGGGUGCUUUCAAUAAAUUCUAUUAUAUUUUAUAAUUAGUCAUUUAAAUAAAUUUUGAGAUUUUAUUUCUUUAUUUUUGCAUGUAAUUUUAGUUAAUUUUUAAAAUGUUUUAUAGUUUACUAUUGCUAUUAUAACAGUAAUAUUUUGAAUUAAUUAAAAAAGAAAAAAAAAGAAACUUCUUUUAUUUGAAGUAGAACACUCCCUAAAUGAAGUGUUUUUACUGUUCAUAGUGAAAAUUCAUAUUUUUCUUUACAAAAUUGAACCGCUAAUGAUUUUUAUUUAUUUUUGAUUAAUCUGGAGGCAUGACAGGCCUAUUGAAAAUCCCGUCUAAUUUCUAAAAGAGGUGCAUUUUAUAGAUAAAUCAUAUCUCUGGGUUUGCAAAUAGGCCGUAAGCAAAGAUCCAUACACACGAGUAGAUGUCUAAAUGUGACUUAAUUUUGUGCAGCAGGUUGAUCGAACUUGAAACGUGUUAGUGUCACAAACUCUUUGCCUGACUAUUGGUUCUGGACUAAUAGUUUUCAGUUUUAUAUUAUUAAAAAAAGAUGGAACACCUUUUAGCAAAGAUAGAAAGUUGAAUGGAGAGCUUUAAUGAAGUUCGCAUACAUAUGUGCAAAGCUAGAAAUUUUAAUUAUUAUUACCUGCAGACUCCGCUUGGUUUUCCCCCACGACGGGGUAAGUAUACGGGUUAACCCAUUUGAAAUAUUUAUAUUGCAGGCGCCAAUGUGAAUUGAAUGUAGGAUUAGGCAAAUUUAAAUAGCGGAUACUUGUUAAUACGUAAAAUUAAAUUAUCCUUUUUAAAAAGAAAACAUUUUCUUAAUAAAUAUACUAAAUUUUAUAAAAAAUUAAUUAUUAAUAUUUUUCUGGUAUAUUUUAAUAAAAUAUAUAAUUAUUAAUAUUAUCCACGAAUAUCGUGAAUUAUCUGCUAAUUUAAAGCAAGACAGAUGCAGAUUUAAUAUUUUCUUGUUGUAGCCCAUGCAUUGAUAAUUUUUGAAUAAAAAAAUAACUCGAAUUGCGACGGGACCGGUCAGACGAGACAAAUUUGAUUUGCAAACUUCAACACUAUCUAUGUAUGUCCUCUUUUGUUUUUCCUGCUUUUCAUUAAAACUUAUGUGAAGAUAAAAACUGUUGUUGUGCACUUGUCAAUCUUUCUUAGAACUUGAUCACUGACGCUCAUGAAUAUGAGAUUCAUGGCUUUCUCAUCUCCCUCUGAUCUUGCUACAUCGUCUGCAUCUUUCUUUCUUCUUUUUUCCGGGUCUUCUUCUUUAGACUCCAUUGUUUUGGAAUCUUGGGAGGUCUCCGAAAGAACAUCUUUGAGUCCUGGUACGCUGAGAGUUGCGUACAUCCUCUUCUUCCAGAUCGAGAAAUCCCCCGAUCCGUCGAACAUCGAACUGCUUUCUUCAGGGACAAGUCACCAUAGAGGUCCACCACCUGCAGCGAAAUCAUCUAUUGAUGCAUUACCAACGGUCAAGAUCAUACAGAAGCAUCUCAAGUCGUCAGACUCUCACUGUCCGGUUUGCAAAGAGGAGUUUGAGUUGAAGUCUGAAGCAAAACAGAUGCCGUGUAAACAUGUAUAUCAUUCUGACUGCAUUGUCCCGUGGCUGGUUCAGCAUAAUACAUGCCCGGUUUGUCGUAAAGAGUUACCGUCAAGAGGAUCGUCUUUAAGUGCACAGAGUGAACAGAACAGAAGUACCAAUAGAAGAAGGAACCUUUUCUCUAGUGUCUGGCCGUUCCGAUCGUCUAGCUCAAGCUCUACACAAAACCGUAGAGAAACAAACAACACAGCCAAUACAGAAGAAGGCCAGUAUACUCGUUAUCAGCAUCAUCACCAACAUCAGCAACAACAAGCCAAUAUGGGUUAUAGUGGAUGGCCUUUUGACUAUUAACUCUUUGUUAAGGCUUUGUAUCUCAUUUUGGUCUUUUGUAUUUUGUUUUAAAGCUUUUGUCUUAUUCUGCUGUCUUUCAUUUAAUGGUAGACCUUAUCUUUAUGUGGAUUAUGGAUAUCAACUUUGUGUUUUAAUUUAAUGGAUUAUAGAUAUCACACAUGUUAGCAUGUUA